GGGAGAAGCAGGGCAGGAGACAGGGUGGGUGGGCAGCGGUGUCGCCCGGUGCAGCAGCUGUUUGGGCAGCAGAGGAGGAGGAGGAGGGUAACGCCGGCUCCUGCCCUGUGUGGCACCGGCGGCGGCGGCUGGAGGAGACUGGGCUGUGUGUGUGCGGCAGGACAGGAGUAGUCUCCCUGCAGCCGGCGGCUGGCUGACUGAUCUCACUAACAGGGGCUUCUGUGUAAGCUGAGGCUAAACAAACACAGAUGGGGCUCAGUGUGCACUCAGCAAUGCUCAGCCAGCAGCAGCAGCACUGACACUCUGACCAUCACACAGCAGCAGCACACAGGACAUGAGGAGUCCCCAGGUGCUGGAGGGGCCCCACUGGAAGGGCCACUGCAUCCCGGGCAUCCCUGCUGUCGGCAUCAGGAAGAGGAAGAGCAGGGAGGGCAUCCAGCAAACUUUCACAGUGGACCUGAAAGUGGAAGCUAGGGGCAAGGGGGCUGAGCAGGAGCAGGCUCCGGGAGCCGGGCUGAUGGAGGAUGCCCUGGACUUGAGGAGCGGCAGCCUGGCGGGGAAGACGGGGUUACUGCCCUAUGUGGGGGAGCAGAGGACUGUGCUGUGCCAGAGACCCCCGGACACUUCCUACUUGUCAGUCUCACAAGUGACAGAUCCCUGUGCAUCGCCCAUGAGACGGCUGGGGGAGACUGCUGGCGUCUCAACUGAGAUCAAAGCCAUUCAGCAGACCAGGAGACUGCUGGCCAAUGCCAGGGAGAGGUCCCGGGUGCACACCAUCAGCGCAGCCUUCGAGGCUCUCAGGAAGCAGGUGCCGUGCUAUUCCUACGGACAGAAGCUCUCUAAACUGGCCAUCUUGAGAAUAGCUUGUAACUAUAUCCUCUCUCUGGCCAGACUGGCUGACCUUGACUACACUGCUGAUCAUAGUAACUUGAGUUUCUCUGAGUGCGUAGAGCAAUGUACUAGGACAUUACAGUCAGAAGGAAGGUCGAAAAAAAGGAAGGAGUAAUAAUGUGGUAACGUCUGGCCUCGCAAAGACCCUUCCAAGGAGGUUUCCCUCUUACUGGCAAAAGUUGGAUGGUAAAUCCUGAAGACAGAUUCUGGCAGAGACUAUUUGAAAAGACAUCUGGACGUAGAUCUUUCUAACACAGACUGAGAGAGAAAAAACUGCUUUUUCAGCUUUUUAGAGUGUUGAAUUUAUUUACCAGUGCCUCCUCUGUUGGACUGGGAUAUUUUCAUGUCACUUCAUUGCACAGACAGAUUUAUUUUCUUGCUCUUGUGCCAAAGAUUUAGACAAGCUUUGUGUCAUUUUAUUGUCUUAAUUCAUGAUGUUUCCUUUGGUCUGUGGAAGCCAAGAGUCUCUGCCGCAACUCCACGGAAUAUCGUAUUUAUUGCAACCCGAUAUGGCGGAACGUAUUUAAAGGUCCCUCGAUGUUUCAUUUCAAAGUGGCUUCCAACAGACUUUGCUAAAGAUGUCUUCCAUGUCCUACCAUGGUUUUCGUCUCAUGUCAUGAAUUGACCCCAGGCUGGGGAAGUGACAUUGGGUAAACUCCAUAGAAAAAUCUACACCCCCCUCUGUAUCAAUGGGAAACUGAAAUGUGACUUUAUGUAUUUUAUUGGAGAUAUUAUGUUCUUCGUUGGUGUUGCCAAUGGAUUGCGCUAAUAACUGCUGUUGUAUAAAGGCAUUUUGUCUUGUGCCAUGUCCGAUAGAUCUCACACAAUAGAUAACCCACAUUUCACUUGUUGACAACUUCACAACAUGAUUAAUGGUUUUUCUGUGGUUAAAGCCCCACUGAAGAAUGCUAAAAAUGGCUCUUCCUAUUAACAGUAGCGGCCAUAUUGCAGUCUCAUAACAGCCAAUUCCAGGCAGAAGUACCAUUUCAAGUAUCAAGAAUCAUUCCAGUACGUUCUGGUACUUCUAGGAAUGAUUUGUAGUUCAGCAAAAUCAUUUUUAUUCAGUGACAUUACCCUUUGAAAACAACUAAAGCUGUAAAUGAAUUGGGGUAUACGGAAACAUUAAGCUCUGGAGUAUCAUUAAUACCUUGGAGAGAAGUGGUCACUGCCUCCUACAGAGUGUAAGCUACUACCGUGCCAUGAUCCAUGUAGAAGAUACUAGAACUCAUACUGAGGAAUACAUCACCAUAGGUGAAAAUAAAGCUAUAGAAAGCACAGUAGGUCCUCACCUAAUCAUCGGAGCUUGUCAUAUCAUCAGUCCCCAGUUUCCAGCUAUAUGAGGUUGGUGAGAAAGUCUUAGGGGGACGGUUCUCCUGGCAAGUGGGUACGGUACUCCUGGCAUAUCACAGGCAGGCAACUGCUACUAGAGAACCGGCAAUUGAUAGUAUGGACGUCAUAAUCGCAUCUGCAAGGUGUACUGUUCGGUACGGGUGAGGGAUACUUGGUGGACAUGCGUUGUGUUGACAUCGUUACUACAUCCCGAGUCAUAAUCCAUUUUAGAAUGAAAUUAUCCUCCUUGACAGUCAGCCCAAGCAUUAGAUAGUCCACGUACCCACAUACAAUAAUAACUACACCAAAACCUUUAAAGGGGUACAAACUAAGCAGAGCUGUCACCUAUAAGUUCUUGGUAGCUGAAUGUUACAAGGAGGCUAAAUGUGCCCAACAAAGCAACGUAAUCUUGGUACAAUACAGACGCGUACUGUCCUAGUCUCCAUUUGUUACAUAGAUCAUACAUCAUGCCAAGUAGAGGCGUCCUGUUGAUCUAUGGCAUCGGAGAGGUCUCAGAUGCUUUGUCUUUCUUCCUGUAAUGGUAGAUAGACAUGUUUAGGUCUGCCCUACCAAUAGACAAACCCAGGUGGUUACCUGGGGCACCUAAUACACUGAAUGUGUGACACAAUGGGGCCAAUUUACUAAGAUGGGAGAUCAGAUCCCACUUCUCAUUUAUCUAGCACAUUCUAGAAGAUAAUACCUGGAAUCGGAUUGGUUGCUAUGGGCAACAUCCCAUCUUUAAUAAAACUCCCAUCUUAGUAAAUUUACCCCAAUGACUAUUAACCAGUGUGCUCCUCCAUGCCAGUGUUACACUGCCAGGAUGGCACUUGGCUAUUAUGUCACUGCCCAGUGCCACACUCCCAGUAUCAGAGGCCGAGGAUGACGCACUCACUUCACACCAGCCAGGGCAAGGUGCAGUGGGGGUGGGGACACAGAGCUCAAGGGGAAGGGCGAGAAGGGACACCUCAUUGUAGUUGUUCCUCCAGGGCUUGCACCGGUCCUGUGAAUUAGAGCUAUUUACUAAUAUAGUAACCCUUACAGACCAAUCAGAAAUGAGCCUGGCCAGUUCAUCGCAAGUGCAACAGUGACGCAUUGGGUGCUAUUGAUAAUUAAAUUUUUGCUAGUGAAUACCCCCAACCCUCAUCUCCACACGGUGGGCCUGACUCAGCCUGAAAAACAUAUUCAGAGUCUUCUGCAGCUGCACUGCCCCGAUACAUCGGAUCAUAACAGCUGCCUUCACCACGCAGCAAGAGAUAGGUCUGUAAUCGCUGAAUCUUUUCGUACACUCUCCUUUGACUGAGUUGUCAUUCCAUCUGCAUGCCCACAAAUCAGCCACGGCAAACUAAUGCUAAGUGCGAUGGUGCCAGUACCGCCCUGUCGCACUCUGAAUCAGGCCUGGUAUAUUCAUUUAUGUGUAUAUCUGAAUGGAAAUAAUAUGCAGUACUCCGUCUACUUCUAGCCCUGGACAUGCCGACGUUCAGUCACAUUCAUGGGAGGAACGACUCUAUGGGAAAUGACAGCAGAAGAAAUGUUACUGGAGUUUGGUGGGUAUGAGAUGUACAGUACACCGUGUAUGUAGGUUCUCUGCCUUGCUCCUCUUCCCCGGGCUGCACAGAACUAGGUUACAUGGAUUAAACCAUAACAAGUUCUGCUGAAUUGUACUCACUGUUGCAUACGUUGGAAUAUAUGACUCCAAAAAAUUCAAAGAGAAUGUUUAUGCAGAUUUCAGCUUCUUAGCCGGUAAGUUAAGCUUGUGUUCACAAUACAGGUUAGGCACUUUUUUAGAACAGUAAAGUGUUUUUUAAUGACAUUGCUGAAAUUUUUCUGUAGAGCUGUUACGGAGAUGAUCACCAGCGGGGAUAAACUAUAACCCAAAUGAAGGAAUCUGAUGAUAGUAACUCCGCCAUUCCUGUGAUAUUUCCUAGGAUCUGGUCAGAGGGGGCGGGCGGAGUUUGGAAUUCAAGAGUUCUGACACCUUAUUAUUUUGUUGUAUCUAGAGCCGUGAGUGGUUAGCUGACCAGUUGUCCAAUCACAGCUCUCGACACAAGUGGUAGAGCACAAGAAUUCGGAAUUCCGCUGCAGCAGAGAUACAGACUGUUAAUCCACUAGGGGUGACUCUCACAGAGAGUGGUAUUGCUGGAUGCCUACGGUUCUGUUACUUGCGGGAGGGAGGCGGGUGCAGUAGAAUAGUUUUAGUUCUGAGCGGAGUUCUUAGUUGACAGUGCCAUCUUUGUCAUUAUAAGCCACGUAAACUACACAGAAAUGAAUUGUAAGUCAUCUGUUGUGCAUGAUAUGUCACCUGGCCAAGAUCCUUAAGUUCUGUUAUGUGAUGAAUGACAAUAAUACCAUCAGUUACUGUAGAAGCAACUUUACAAAAAUAAAAAUCAAUAAUUUAGCAGAA